AUGUUGGCACGGUCUCCGGCUCCCACACCAUCGGUAUCGGCCAAUGCGUCUCCUGGAAGUAGCCUUGCCAACUUCCACUAUGCCCCAGCGCCAUCGCCGCGACAAGCUUCUCCCCGGGUCCCGGCUGCUGCCAAGUCUCUGCGGCAGCCGGCCUCGUCUUCCCCCGCCUCAAUAGCCUCAACUUCGGUUCCGCGGCCGAAACGAUAUGUAGCUGUCGAUGCCGCGACACAAUACUCGCCUAUGGAGCCUAUGGACUACGCCACUGGUACACUACUCUCACGAAAAGCGCCUGCUGUAUCUGAGCCACUAGAUCCCCCGCCGGUUUCGGGCCCUACGUCGAUGGCACUGCUUGGUGAUCGGCCACCAGCCGCGACACAGUCGCCGGUGAGGCCCUCAAAGGCCGCGGUGGUCGUCGCAAAGCAGCCCAUUACGUCUCAGGCCCUCUCGCCUUCGAAGAGGAGGAACUCGCAGGGGCCCGGCAGCAGCUCCAACACAGCGCCACUGGAUGCGCUGCAAACCAAUCCAACGCUCUCCAAGCGAGCAAAGCCUGAGAGAGCGCCGAAAAUCCUGCCACAGCGAUACGAGCACUGCCCCGUCGAAGACAUGGUUGUUCUCAUUGCCCAUAUGCUAGGGGAGCUGAUCGAGACGAAUGACACUCUUGCCCUUAAAUCGGGCCAUCUCACUCGAUUCCAUUCUCGCACCGCGCCGGGGAUAUCAGUGCUGGAUUAUCUUCACCGACUAGCAAAGCACGCCACGCUCACGCCUCCGCUCCUCUUAUCCAUGGUUUAUUAUAUCGAUCGCUUAUGCGCGCUAUAUCCCGACUUUACCAUAAAUACGCUUACCGUCCAUCGGUUCCUUAUCACUGCGGCGACGGUUGCCGCGAAAGGGCUGUCGGAUGCCUUUUGGAACAAUUCAACCUAUGCAAGAGUUGGCGGAGUCAAGGUUCAAGAGCUCAAAUUGUUGGAACUCGAGUUUCUGCACCGGGUCGAUUGGAAGAUCGUCCCUAAUCCAGAAGUGCUUGUCGCUUAUUACAAGGGGCUCGUCGAUCGCACGCCCGGGUACACGCUACAGGCGGAAGAGGGUUCUGGAGAAAGCGAGGAUAUUGACGACAGUGACGCCGUUGAGGAUGAC